AUGAAGUUUAAUAUAUUGGCACUAUUAUUAUCACUCAUACUGGCUGUAUACUGUCAACGAGUCAUACAUCUAUCUUCACAUUCAAAUACAAUACUAUUUGACAUAGAUCAAUCAAAUACAACAAUACAAUUUGAAAAAACCUUGGGAGAUGCAAAUACUCCAGUCUUAUUAUUCAAAUAUGACAAGAUUAAGGAUUUAAAUUUACCAAAUUUUGAUUAUUUGGUGUCAAAUUCAAAAUUAAAUGAAUAUUAUCUAAUUGAUGAAGGUUUUUCAAUACCUAAUGACAUUGAAGAUGUUUAUCAAGAUACAUUAAUAGAGGAAAUACUGUUUAAGAUUGUUAAUCCAGGUACUUAUAUAAUCUACACGCCACCAGUCAAACCAUUUGAAUAUAAAGUGUCCAUUAACGAAGCUGGUUUCUUUGGAAAGUUCGAUCAAAUUGUGUUUUGUCUAGUUAAUAUCUUUUAUAAUUUCCUAAUUCACAGAUUGUUCAAAGGAAAUACUAAAAUGUAUUCCAUGACUAGAAAUAUCAUCUUAUGCAAAGUUGCAUUGUUUUCAAUCUCAUUCAUUUUAUUAUUUUUCAAUUUUCAAAUUUUUAAAUAUACCGAAAUUUUGAAUGGUUCGGCAGAAGAUUUAUUUACCAUUUUGUUUCUUAUGGGAUAUGGAACGACCAUGGAAAAAAUACCCAAAUCAAGUUAUUUUUCAAUUUUGUUUAUAAUUUUUCCUAAUUUUUUAAAUCGAUUUUUGGACUUAAAAGAAGAUUAUAAACAUUUAAUCACGAUAAAUAAUUCACAUUAUAAUAUAAUUUGUGGAAUUUUGGGAAAUGAGAAAUUUGAUGGAAUGCAAUGGUUAGAUCGAAUGAAAAAGGAGAAGAAGAUUGGUCAAUUUGCUCCUAUAAUAGCUGCAUUAUUUGGAUUAUCUAAAUCAUUCAAAUGCUAUAUAUUUAUAAAAUACAUGAGAAGAACAAUGAGAGAAAUGAGUGAGAAUGGACCAAAGACUAGAUUUAAAGUUAGUGUUUUCUUAUGGUUGUUUAGUUGGUCAUUUAUCGUUGCUGGAUUAUCACCUACUCCAUCAAAUUAUUCAAGUUUUAUAAAUAUAAAAGAUUAUUCAGGUAUAGCGAAAGAUGUGUUAUUGAAAUCAUUGAGAAACAAAUAUAUACUCUAUUAUCUAGAUGAGUUUCAUUGGUUUAUAUUUUGGUUAAUUUGGUAUAAUUAUAAAGAUGGUAAAAUUGAUAAAAUAGAAUAG